UUGAGGCUUAUCUGUUUCCCGGCUUUAGAUGCUCUUGUUUUAUCCUACAGCGUACUACAUUUCGGCCAGUUUUGAUGUAGUUUGUUUAAACCUGGAUUUCAAUAGGGUUUAAUUUGCAAAAUUCACAAUGUCAGCUUUAAAAAACGCUGCCAUAGGAGUAAGGAAUACUAACUUUAGCAGAUGCUUGCUGUCAGCUUUGCAAAAAGUAUCCCAGCAUGGAUCAGCCCCAUACAGCAGCGGCGGUGGAACGGCGGUUGAGAAGGAGUACGCCUUGGAAAUGGCCUGCUCUAACAUCCGGUAUGGCGCAGGCGUAACCCGCGAGGUUGGCAUGGAUUGCGAAAACUUCGGCGCCCGGAAGGUGAUGGUAGUGACCGACAAGCGUCUGUCGAAGAUGAAGCCAGUGCAGACGGUUCUCCAGGCGCUUGACGAACAGAAGAUCGGAUACCAGCUGUACGACGAUGUCCGGGUUGAGCCCACAGACGAGAGUUUUAAAGAAUGUAUCGACUUCGCGAAGGAAGGCAACUUUGACCUGUUUCUCGCGGUGGGUGGGGGAAGUGUGAUUGAUACGGCCAAAGCGGCCAACCUCUACUCCACCAAACCGGAAGCGGAACUUCUCGACUUUGUCAACGCCCCCAUCGGGAAGGGGAUGCCCGUCGAACACAAGCUGAAACCACUCAUUGCUGUGCCGACCACGGCGGGUACAGGCAGUGAGACAACGGGGACGACUGUAUUCGACUACCUUCCGAUGAAAGCCAAGACAGGUAUCGCGAAUCGUGCUCUACGUCCUGACCUCGGCAUCGUGGACCCCGACCAUCUGAUUACGGCACCGGAACGCGUCACCUGUUACACCGGGAUUGACGUUCUGUGCCACGCAAUCGAGUCCUACACGGCCAAACCCUACACCGAACGGACUCCACGACCUGCGAACCCGAAACUGCGGCCCUCCUACCAAGGAUGUAACCCUAUCAGCGACAUCUGGUCACUGUUCGCAUUGAACCUCACGUCCAAGUACAUCAAACGGGCGACGUUUAAUGCUGACGACUAUGAGGCGCGCUCCGCCAUGCACCUCGCUAGCACGUACGCCGGUAUCGGCUUCGGCAACGCCGGAUGUCAUCUCUGCCAUGGUAUGUCGUACCCUAUUUCCGGUAACGUGGGCACAUAUAUGGCGGAAGGCUACGAGCAGGAUCUGCCACUUAUUCCACAUGGCUUAUCAGUGGUUGUGUCCGCUCCGGCUGUGUUCGAGUUCACCGCACCCGCGUGUCCAGAGCGCCACUUGGAGGCCGCGAAAGCACUAGGCGCUGAUGUGAGCGGCGUGCGGAACGAGGACGCGGGUCGUCUGCUGUCGGACGUUCUCCGAAAGUUGAUGUCGGAACUUAAGGUGCCGAACGGACUCCGUGCGCUCGGGUACAAACCGGACUGCGUCCCCACUAUGGUCGCCGGCGCCAUGCCACAGCAUCGGUUGAUCAAGCUGUCUCCACGCGAAGUGCACGAAGAUCAAAUGGCCGAACUGUUCGAGAACUCGAUGACCAUCUACUAGCACGUGCUUAUGACGUCAUGAUAUAGCACGUGAUUCAAACGUCAUUUGCUUGCAUCACGUUUCCACGUGCUGUGAGGGGACAUAUUGAGUGACAAUAUAAUUUCAUAAUUGCGCCUUGCGUUGUUUAUAUAAGGUGAAAUUUCCUUUCGAACAAGGAUUGUUGUUUAUAGAAUAUGACGAGCUCCUAAACAUGAAAAUAAUAUUCUUCUUUGUAAAUAUCAUAAAUCUAGUCCAAAAAAUCAUGCACUUAUUGUUCAAUGUUAUAUAUGGAACAUGUAUUUGUCAAUAUAUUUCCCAAGAAAUAAACGUGUGUUUUUAUGAUUA